GUUUCCGGUUGACGCUGUGUUUCGGAAAGGAGCGCGGGAGCUGCUCAGGCAGAGGUCUGGUCGGUGGGUGCGGUCUCCGGAGUUAUUUCAGAGAGAGUUCCCGCGCCUACCUCUCCUGUGGUGCGAGCGUGAGGGCUGAGAGAGAACGGAAGAGGAAUUCCCGCGCCGUGUACCCGCUUUAAGUGCCUAUUGCGAGGUGUAGGUUCCUGGUUCAGAAACGAUGACAGAGGUUCUGGAUCUCCAUGGACAGGACUCUGAUGAGGGUAGUGAGGAGGUGGUCUUAACUCCUGCGGAACUCAUUGAAAGGCUGGAGCAGGCCUGGAUGAAUGAAAAGUUUGCCCCUGAGCUCCUGGAAAGCAAGUCUGAGAUUGUGGAAUGUGUCAUGGAACAGCUAGAGCACAUGGAAGAAAAUCUCAGAAGAGCCAAGAAGGGGGAUCUGAAGGUCAGUGUCCACCGAAUGGAGAUGGAGAGGAUCCGCUAUGUCCUUAGCAGCUAUUUGCGGUGUCGACUCAUGAAGAUAGAGAAGUUUUUCCCUCACAUCCUAGAAAAGGAGAAAACACGCCCUGCAGGGGAGCCUUCCAGCCUGUCUCCAGAGGAGUUUGUCUUUGCCAAAGAGUAUAUGGAUCACACAGAGACCCAUUUUAAAAACGUUGCCUUAAAGCACAUGCCUCCCAACCUGCAGAAAGUGGACCUCAUGAGGGCAGUUCCCAAACCAGACCUAGAUUCAUACGUGUUUCUGAGAGUGAAAGAACGGCAGGAAAACAUACUAGUAGAACCAGAAGCUGACGAGCAGAGAGACUAUGUUAUUGACUUGGAGGAGGGCUCACAGCACUUGAUUCGAUACAAAACCAUUGCACCUCUUGUUGCUUCUGGAGCAGUUCAGUUGAUAUAAAACAAAGCAAGCCUGAGAACGUGGACUCACAGACAAUAGUGAAACUCCACCUCCUUUUGUGUGAAGUCAUGCAACGUGUGGACUGCAUGGACACGGAAAAGGAGUCAAGCCAGGACUCCUUUGUUGCCAUGCCCUUCUCCUAGAUAUGUUUAACCAGCACCAACAGAUGGGGCCCUGCUCUGUAUACUCAGUAAAUAAAUCAACUGUCAGUGUG